AUGGGCAUCACGACCAAGGCGAUGCGGUUUGCUGGUUGCCUGGUCGUCAUGUUCGGAGUGCCCGCCGAUGGCCUUCGAGAUUCAGUUGACCAGCGUGUGGCUGAGGCAGAAGCUCGUGGCGACAAAUGCUGCUGCCUUGCUUUCAUGGAAUCCCUUGAGACCGAGCCAGAAGAUGCAACUUUGAGUCAAAAGUCGGAGUGCGGAGAGUACAAGAAGCGGCGACAAGACCGUCCGUUCUGGUUCCACAAGUAUCACAGCGGUUACAAAGCUCGGUGUUGCUGGACGUCUGCUUGGUUUUGCGACGACUUCAAGGAGCCCCACCAUCGCAAGCCCUUCUCGGUCGACCAAUACUUCCACUACAGGUGGUGCGAAACUGCCUCCCCGAAUGGCAAUGUCCCCGUCUAG